CUACCAGAGCCAUGGGCUUCCUCACUCAGGCUGCCUUUCAGCGGCUGUCUGUUCUUGUUCUCUUUCUCGUUCUCGGUUUGGUUCAUUCUGCCGCUGCCGUUGUUUCAAAGGAGGAUGGCGAGGCUUUGUUAGCGUCAAAUAAACCUACGCGCUUCCUCGCAACCCAAAGACGGCCUCCAGACGUGCUGGAGCCUGACAGGCUUCAAUUGUUGAUUGAGCGUGACUGGGCCCUUUACAAGAAGCAAUUACAAGAAGCCAACCGAGCGCUAGACGCCGACUCCUUUGCAUGGGGCACUGGCGAGGAUCUCGAGGCGAAGCUAUUAGGCAUAACAAGUAAAAUCAAGGACACAUGGGAACAAGACUUUCUAACUGCAAUUACCCAGCGCAUUGAGGAUAAAUUGGGCGCUUGGAAGACACAGCGUGCAGCAGCCGUUCUGGCUGCGCAGAACCAAGCAAUGGAAGACACCAACAUCGCAGCGGAACAAGUCAAGCGGAAUGGCACCAACCUCAUGGACAACUGUACCCUCUCCAAAACGAAAACGAUGGCAACAGCGAAUGAGUGCAUGGCUCACCUCAACCAAGUAUUGCUCGACUGGCACUCGCACUUCACCAAUACCACCGUUCCCAAUUGGUCCAGUAUCGAGAAAAACGUUGAGGCUCACUUUUCGAAUCUCUGGUCCAAUCUGAGGAAUAAUGUUCUCAGAACCCUUGGCUCCGCGCCAGCCCCCUCAAGUAUGACAAUUCCCACAGAUAAGGAAAACAUUCUUUGGAUCAAAGUGUCCGUGCAGAUGGAUGGGCGCCCACGCGAUCCACUGCUUCGUAGAAUACGUCAACAUGUGAUAUUUGCACACGGGCUAACGACUCGACCUAUUGUUGAGCAAAAUGCACAGCUUCCCAAGACGACCAAUGGCAUGCAGCCACUCUUUGUAUUGGGCGAUUUCAGCGAUGGAUCCAUAUCGUUUGGCUGCAAAGUGUCAUACAACGCAGCCACCAUGGAGUUUGGCGUUUUACACCGCUGUCUGAAUGUCGAAAGCCAUUUGCGCUGUAACAUGUACAACUUCCAACUCGAAAUCCAACCCAAUCAGCUGUUCAACAAAUCCUCCGAGCUGGCUCUAAGCGAGCUGAUCCCUCUCGCCACGCUUUAACAUGUGAAUGACUUUUUGAAGCCACGCCGCUUCGCCAUUUCCUCUGCCCGAUGCGUGUGAAUGCAGAUCAAUUGAUCAAUGUUUG